AUUCUGGAUAUACCUCUAAUGUUAAUAUUCGUGCAGCAAGGCAAAUAAAAUCUAUUUUUUUCUAACAUUGUUUCUAGCAAUAAGAUACGAUUGCCUUUGAUUUCAUUUAUUAAGUAUCUAAUCAUAGAAAUUCGGUCAUCAACAGAGACAAUUGGAAAGUUCGUUGGGUAGCUCAAUUGGAUCGCCUCCACCACCUUUCCGCGCCUGACACUUUGCUCAUAUAUUUACCAACUCGCGCUCGUUUUGUUACGUGCACUGGUAUUUGUAUUUAUUUUUCUUCUUCACUUCCCCGCGCUAAUGAAUAUUCCCUUUGAACAACAUACAAGUGCGCCGUUCUGCAGAUGUCAUUUGCGUGUGUAUUUCUCUGUGUGUAUUCACCGCAGUGCUGCCAACUGUCAGAUACACAACACACCCUGUGUUGCCUGUCUUCUCGCUAGUUAGAAGAAACGUGUUUUGUGCAGAAUUUUCAGUUCUUCAUUUCGAUUUCGGUUCAGAAUUUUGUUUGUAAACACGCAUGUGGUAAAAAAGUAUAACCAAAUAUAGUUAAAAAUUUAGCUUUCGUGUUCUGCUCUGCACAACAUAAAACGGCAGGGAAACCAACAAUAGCAACAACAGCAGCGGUAGAAAAACAAAAACGACAAAAACAACUUAGAAAACAGCCAUUAGCCAACAGAGCCUGAACCAGAAUACGAACGACAGAGCAAAAAAAUAAAAAUAAAAUAAAGUGGAGUAAUUAGAAGAGGGGAUGUGAGCUGCAAACGGAAGAGGAUCGAUCGGAUGUAUUUGAAAAAAGAAGUGUGCAAAGCGUGCGGAAAACAUUUCGAAUUUGGAAAAUUCUCCCAAAACGAAAAAAGAAAAAACCUUGAGUUUUAAUUGUUCAAAGCGACGAAAAAAGUGUUAAUAUUAGCAACAGUGGCCGAAUGUGAAUAGUGUGCAAAGCGUGCAAGUAAAAAAUUUCGUAUAUGAUUUUUAUUACAAAAAAAGAAGAAAUUAACUGAUACAUAGUUUGGAGAACGCAUAAUUUGUAUUAAGGAAAAUACAAAACUAAAAACAAAAUAGAAAAGCAAAUAACGUAACGCAAUCUGCAGCUUUAUUGGUGCAGCGCUAACACAUUUUUUUAUUUGUAAAAAAGUGUUGGAAGCAGAGCAGUAGUAGAAAAAAGGCGCCGCAUACAAAUGGAAUUCAACCCCCACCAACAACAAACACGUACAGCUCAGCAAGUGGAUGAAAGCUCUAUAUCCGGCCCGGCAACCAACAUAAAUACUAUCAAUAGUAAUAACAGCAACAACAACAACAAUAAUAUCGACAUUAACAACACUCUUAGCACAAACAAUACCCCGCCCACCUUCAAUACAUUUAGUACACAAGUAAGAACGGUCAGCGCCGACGCUGCCACUGUAGCCAUCGCCAAGGAUAUGCUCCAGUUGCAUCAUGGCAAUGGUACGGUACUAGUAAAUAAUAAUAACAACAGAAACAACAGCAAUAGUAGUAAUAACAAUAGCAGCGCUGCCCAAGAGGCCAUGAAUACAACAACAGCAACUAACGCCAACACCAACUCGGUUGCGGUUGCAGCUGGCAACAGCAAUAGUAACAAUACUACCAAUUCUGGGGUCGGUGCAAAUAUUGGCCCUAAUCUGAAUACCAAUCACCCACCUGCCCAUGCCUCGACUGCUGCCAGCACUGGCGGUAGUACACCUGGCGUCCUAACGGCACCGGAUAACGCAGUCGGCUUUCUAAAGUACGAUCAGGAAUUGUUAUACAUUACCGAGCCAAUAACUAUUAUUGGACGAAAUUCGUCCACGUCGAAUGUUCACUUUCAUGUGGCCGAAAAUAAUUUGGUAUCACGAAAGCAUUUUCAAGUUCUUUACGACGGUGAUGCGCAUGACUUUUUUGUGCAGUGUCUAAGUAAAAAUGGCAUAUUCGUCGAUGAUUUCCUGCAGAGAAGAAAUGCCGAUCCCCUUCGAUUGCCUAGCAGCUGCUACUUUCGCUUCCCCAGCACCGAGAUUCGCAUCCAGUUCGAGAGUUUUGUUCAUGGUUUAAAUGCGCUUAAUAACUCGAACAGUGGUGGCAUAUCGUAUCAUAACAACAGUCAUCAAAACUCUGCUUCGUUACAGAGUAGCGGGGGAAUAGGUGGCGGUAGCGGAGGAGGAGGAGGUGCAGGUAAUUGUGCACAAUUUAUUAUUUCUCCUGCGCCACCCGAUGAUCACCAACAUCCACAUGUAGCGACUGGACCGUCAGCGCAUGCGUCAACACAUGGCUCUCAGCACCAUCACCAGCAGCAUGUGUCUUCGAAUGCUGUGUCCUCGUCGACACAUCUGCUGCCGCAAAUGGAUAAUCCAAAUGUGUAUGCACCACUAAAGAUUUCCAUACCGAAGAAGGAGCAGAAGAGCCCAUAUCUGUCACCAACUGGUACAAUAAGCGCUGCAAACAGUUGUCCAGCUAGCCCGCGUCAAGGUUUUCAUCAAAACCAAACUAAUUACAACAACUACAGCAACAACAAUAUACAAAACCAAGAUCUAUUCCAAACACCAUCAACAGCUAGCUAUAAUCACAAUGAAAAACCACCAUAUAGCUAUGCACAGCUGAUUGUACAAGCAAUAUCCGCAGCGCCGGAUAAGCAAUUGACACUCUCUGGCAUUUAUUCAUUUAUUGUCAAGCAUUAUCCAUAUUAUCGUAAAGAAACUAAUAAGGGUUGGCAAAACUCCAUACGCCAUAAUCUCAGUUUGAAUAGGUAUUUCAUAAAAGUUGCACGCUCGCAGGAUGAACCUGGUAAGGGUAGUUUUUGGCGUAUUGAUCCCGAUAGCGGCGCCAAAUUGAUCGAUCACAGCUAUAAGAAGCGACGUCAGCGAAGCAGCCAAGGUUUUCGCCCAACAUAUGGCAUGCCACGUUCGGCACCUGUCUCGCCGAGUCAUAUGGAUAAUUCGCGUGAAAGUUCACCGCUACAGGAUUUCGUUUUGCAAUCGGCUCCUGGCUCGCCGGGCAUGUCAUUAGAGCAGCGCGCAACUGAUGGUGAUCUUAUGUACAACAACACAACUCAGAAUAUGCACCAAUCGACGGCUAACAAUUCCCACAAUCAAUACAACAGCAGCGGAAGCCCAUACUAUGCUUCAAAUCAAAAUUCAACUAUAGCCGGUGUACAGCAACAACACAAUGAGAGCGGAGCUGGAGUAGUCGUUGGUAAUAGCAGCGGAAAUGGUGUUGGCGCUUUGAUUGCGCUCAAACGCAAUCAUGCAAUGGCAGCGGGUGCACAACAGCAGCAGACACUGCAUCAACAACAACAACAACAACAACAGCAGCAGCAGCAAGUGCAAACAUUGCAUCCCGACAUAAUUUAUGAGGAAAUGCCAACUGACUACAGUGGCAAUAUGGAAUCAGGCGAUGAAGGUGGCAGUAUUGGUGGCGGUGGCGGCAGCGGUGGCUCUUGCGAUGCUGCCAAACGCCCCAAAUAUAUUUCCGAAGUACUCUGAUGUGUUGCUGUUGCCGUUUCCGUUUCUUCUAAUGUUUGCAAAUAAUUCAAAAGAUAUCUUCAAAGAACAAAAUGCAGAAUAUCAUAAUAUUAAUCUAGUGAUAUAGAUUUGCCGCAAUUAAAUUUAAAAAACAAAAACAACAACAACACAGAUACACGUAAACAUACAUAGAAUACAACCAGUUAAACAAGAAGAAACUUAUCGCUCACGAAUUAUAAACUUAUAUUAUAAAUUGUAAAAUGUGAAACCCAAUUCAGAUCUCGAUUGUAUUUUUAACAGACAAAUCAGCAUAUAAUUUUUAUUUAAUUUUUUUUUUUUUUAAUUUUAUCCAUCCUUCAGUGUACGAAGGCCGUAGUCAAAGGCAAAUUGUCUAUGAAACCUUGUAUCAAGCUUUUAAUAGUAAAUAACUGCCCAUCAGCAGUAUGCGUUGCUUUUGAUAACUUUUAAGAAUUUUGAGUACUCUUUCUACUAAAUUGACUUCAGCAAGUAUUAGUUAAGUUCUACUUAAAAUAUAUUUAUCAACAAUAUAGUUCUGAAUUGGGAUGAACGUGCAUCUUACAUUUAAGCACAACAGCAGUGGAAUGUGCUGUGAAGGAUACGUUAUAAUAUUAUACAAAGCGCAUACAUACAUACAUACAUACGCAUAAAACAAAAUUGAGAAAUAUACAAACACUCACAAUUAACUUAAAAAAGAUCUAUUUGCGGAUAAUGGAAUAGGAGUCUAAAAGGAGUUUUAAAUAAAAACCCAAAAAACAUUUGAGGAACACUGGAAACCAACAUACCAACCAAUUAACAAAGAAAGAUCUUUGUUAUUAUUAUGAUUAACAAACCAUCGGUAUAUUGAAUUUGACACGCAACGUAUGUGAACAAAAAUAAUUGUUUUAUUGUUUUUAUUCCUUCUAAAAUAUGAAUAUACAAAUUUCCCUCUAUUUGCUUUAAUAUUUGUUGUUGUAAUGAUUUAUUCGUUUAACGAUUAUCAAAAUUAAAAUUGUAUAUCCCUAGCAAACUAUAUAGACGUACUUGUAUACUCUGGACGAAUUCAAUAUGCUUGAUGAUGCUACAUUAUACUAAUAUAGAAUGAAUGAGAGUUAAAUAAAAAUUGAAAAAAAAUAUAUAUAUAAAAAUAAACAAUUAUAAAAAUGCAAAAUGCAAACAAAAAAAAUGUACUCUAAAAAAUUUAAAUUUAAAAAAUUAUAAACAAAUACAAGCAUAUGAAAGUAGAACAUUUUAAACGAUGGGCGUAAAGAUUACUUAAAACGAUGUAAAAGUAAUACAAUUAGCGCUAGAAAAAUAAAACAGCAUGCGAGUCAGGAAACACAAAAACGGUGAAAACAAAACGAAAGCAAAGCUAGCAGGUAAAAUGAAUUGUAGUUGUGUGGCAAUGGAAGGGGUUAAGCAGAAGGAUUGCAACUAAUACAAAAAGUUUAAAUUAAAACAAGUAAAUAUAAUUUCAAAGCAAACAAACAAACAAAACAAAACAACAACAACCCAACAAACAAAUUUAUGAUAAAGAUAAAAUGUAUAAUGAUGAUUGCACUUUAUUUCUAUUAUAAUAAAUAAAACUCCAUUUAAAUGUUUGG